AGUUCAAAAUGAAAAUGGCGUCUAAAAACGAAGUUGUAAGGAUAACAUUCAAAGAAUUACACGAAAUCGUUCAAAAUUCACCCAAAGGAGAGAAACCUGAAAAAUCUACCGAUUCACAGAAGAAAGCUCAAUCUCGACGACGCCCUCCCAUACAGUUAUAUCAACCAGGUGUCUCUCGGUUGAGUAAAACAAAAAUAUCCAAAGAACUUGCUAACCAGGAUAGAAAAAAUAGUGUCUCAGAUGGAGAGAACUGGGAUGUAGAUCUAGAGCAGCAGGAUACAGAGGAAAGUGGACGAGGAAGCAAGGAAAGCAGUGUUGAACCUGAGGUCAAUGGGGUCACACCUGCAGGUCAUGUAGAUGCCGAAGCAUCCAAUCAAAAUGGGACAGAACUAGGUGAAGGUGGAUCUCCAAAGAGGACUCCUAAGAAGUCCUAUAAAAGGAUGGAUAAUCGUAGAAGAGGGAAAAGACCUGACAUUCAGAUCUACGUUCCUAAGGGACGUUUGAUGGAACAGGAUACGAGAAGGGGAGAUGGAUGCAAUAGUCCUGAUUCAGUUUCACAGCCUGAGUAUGAAUCAGAAAGUCCGUAUUCCACCCUCGGGAGGAGCUCAGAAAGAGGUUAUCACAGAAGAGGGUCAGAUGUUACUAGUCCCACCUCUCCGUUACCCCCUAGUCCCAGGUCUCCUUCUCAGAGGAAAGUUGAUGUUCGGUUUGGUUUGCGCAACAUGCAAGUGACUGUUGUUAAUGAUGCAGGUGAAGAAGAAAACCCUGUUGAUAUGUCUAAAGAAUCUGGGAAGGAGAAUGUGAAAGAAAAUUAUAAGGAUAACAUUGCAAGAGAACGGGCAAAAGAGAGACAAGAACUUUUGAGCACCCUGAGAGCUGCUCGAGCAAAUUCGGAAACUUUAGACUCGCCAGAGCUUUCAAGAAGACUUAACAGACCAUCAAGGUUGUCUCUGUCCAGGCAGAACUCUCUUGCAGACACUCAGUCAGAAAAUGAAAAUUAUCCAGACACAAAUGACAGUGACAUGAAGGAAAAUGUGUACAAAUCCAGAACAUCAGGAUCUCGGGAAGGGGGAAAGAGGGGAGGCAAACGUCACUCGUUCUCGGCAAUGCGUCGACAGAGAACUGGCAGCUUCAGUAGUGACGUGAGUGCCAGCAGCGAUGUAAGUCUGGAGGAGGAGUUCCAACAGGAACCAAAACCACUGGACUGGGUGCAGGAGAUGGAGCAAGAGUUGGCCAGACAGGUGCAGGAUGAAGCCCAGAGACUCAAUGACUAUCUCGAAAGUUGUGUAGCAGGGUACCCGGGUGAUAUGGAUCAGGCAGCACCUCCAGAACCCAAACCUAAAUAUGAAAAAGCCCCUCCACAAAAAAGGAUCCAUAGCAAAGGAUGUGAUACGAUCUCAGGAAUUCCGUGGCCGCAGGAAGGAGAGGAGACGUAG